GCCGGCCUGUAACAGCUUCCUUUGUUUUCUAUUUACAAGCUCAACAGCUCCUUCUCCUGACCUUCGCCUUCCUAUCUUUUGUUCUUCAGCACGCGACAUGGAAGGAAAUCUCAACAAAAAACUCCCUCUGAAAACGGAAUUAAGGCACGCGUUUAACGCUAUCAAAAAUUGCGGGACAUAUGCAGGGUGGGAAGCGCUUCCGACCCCCCCACCUGCUGGGUUCUUGGUCGACGGAAGUGGGGAAAUCGACUUCCCGCUCAGCGAAGGACAGGUUCUACAGCUGAUUGCCAAAGCCCACCAGGUGCCCUCUGGCCCCUCAGACGCGACGACCACGGAUGUUUCUGUCCCUAACGCGUGGGAAGUCAGCCGAGACCAAUUGUUCUUCCUCGAGCCAGAAUGGCAAGGCUAUCUGGUCGAUUUGAGCAAACUUGUUGCGACAAAGCUCGGCAUUGAUGAGCCAGUUCGAUUGGAUUUCUAUAGGCUGCUUAUAUUGGAAAAGGGAGCUACGUUUAAGCCACGCACCGAUGCUGAGAGGACUCCAGGCAUGUUUGGCACUCUGAUAAUCUGUCUGCCAUCAGCUCACACAGGCGGCGAAGUUGUGGUAAAGCACAAUGAUCAAUGUAAAACUUUCAGAACAUCGGAUGCCAAGCAGUCCUUUGCUUGUUGGUACUCGGACGUCACUCAUGAGGUUCUACCGGUCCGAUCCGGCUAUCGAUGCGUCUUGACCUACAACCUGGCCAUCAGGCCUAGCCAUGGUCACACUAGACCAGCAGCAAGUGUACUCGACUCGAGAGUGGACCCACUACGAAACACGCUUGAACGAUGGCUCGGGGACUUGGCUCACAGCGACGCGACCAAUGUGCCGAGUCAUCUUUACCACACCCUUGAUCAUGAUUACACCAAAGCUACCAUGCCCUUCGAAGAACUCAAAGGUGAAGACUUGUUGCGAAUACGUGCAUUGAAAAAUUUUGCGCGCGAGCUCCCUUUCGAAAUUUUCUUCGCGGUAUUGGAGCAAUGGAAACAGGGAACUGUCUCUCGGCCGCGUUACAGAGUCAAUAAACGUACUGGCUGCUACACCGACUCUGAAUCCUACGAUAGCCAUCAUGAGAUUGACACGGUACUUUCUACUAGCACCGUUGUGAAGUCACUUUGUGCACUUGAUGGUACCAUCAUAGCCAGAAAGUAUGACUUUGACUCACACUUUUGUCUGGUGAAGCAUCCUUUCCGAGGUUUAAGAGCUGCCAGCGAAAGCUAUGAAUACCAGGGAAAUUCUGACGCCGAUGUCGACCAUUGGUACCGUCGUUCAGCUGUUGCUAUUGUUCCACACGAAAAAAUAGGAGAAUUUAUGGCGCAGUGUACAUUUGGACCCACAGUCAAGAAAUACAAAAGUCUGGUUUCCCCGGACAGUACAUCUUUCGAAUCAGCUCUGCGCUACCUUGGUCAAAUCCGACCGGGCCCUUCAGCUCGAAUGACAAUGCUUGAUGCGAUUUGCUCACUUUACGUAUCAAAGCUCAGCACAAAACUGGAGAUGACUGAUAUCCUCAAGAGUGCACUCGAAUACUCUCACUACACGCUGCUCCAGACUGUUGGAGUUUGUCAUCAAGGUCGUUUACCAGUCAAGUUUUUUGAUUGGGCAAGGGGAUGGCUCGACACGCUUUCAGAUGCAGACCGUGCAGAAAAGUACCAGAAAUGGAUACCUUUACUCAUCCAGGGCUAUCCAUCUAUGGCUGUAAGCUUCAGCAUCAUUAAGAGAAUGUCAAAUCAUACCGGUGACGCCGCUGUACCAGAUGCACCAUUCUCAAGCAUGGACCCUUGGGCAAAAGAUGUGAUUCGUCGGUGUAUUCUGAGUUUUCCCGAGACCAACAAGAAGCCCACCCUAUCAGACGCAGAAUGCAUUAUUUCUGCCGUGUUCGAUGUUAAUGAAACAUGGACAGACACAUCUGCGCUUCUUACAUCGAUUUUUGACCGCUUUCCUCAAGCCGAGGCUACUGCGUUUUUGCUGGAUCUCCUUUUCCGAUUCAAGUCUGAAGCACAAGGAAGGCAUCUCCCGAUUUCCCAUACCAUCGAACUCUACAGAAGCCUUAGCUCACGCGUUUUCAACCCCCAGAGGAAGCUCUCGAAUAUCGUUACCGUAGCCAAAGCAAAGUUACCAUCCAAAAAUGGGCCGCAAGUAUCCCCACCGACCUGGGCUCCAUCAGGUCCCAACGACGCGAAUGAAGAGGAGUCAUCUGAGACUGGGCUGGUGGUCACUCCACAGGCUCUAGUUCAAUUUGCUUGCGAUCUCGAUCUAAGCACCGAUGCAGGCAACCCACUCCAGCAAUUCCUUCAAGAACUUACUGCACAAUGUGUUACAUUUUCUGCUGAAGACAUGAAUGACCUCUGGAUGCCGUUCCUAUAUCGGCUGAUUCCGGCUCUGGCCUCUCGAUCAGUCUCGCUCAACACACCAACUUAUCAGAAGCUCACUCAACAAUUCAUGAAGCACUCCGAUUACAAAAUUAUCGGGCCAUACCCUCAAGUGGGUGUCAACUUCACAAUUCCUCAUGUGAACUGCCAAUGCAGUGACUGCAAGGAUCUCAACCAGUUCCUCCAAAACACCUCCCAACGUGUGGGUCGAUUUGAAAUGGCUGAAUAUAGGCGCUACCACUUGAAAGAGCAACUCGACGGGGCCCAUAUUGCCUGCACUCAGGAAACUAUGAAGGGAAGAACUCCCUACACCUUGGUAGUCACCAAAAUUAACACUUCACAAGACAAGGUAAACGGUUGGAACAAGCGCCAAAAUGAACUCUAUGGCGCUCUCACUCGACACAUCCCCCUAGAACAUUUGCAAAGCCUACUUGGUGCCGAAGAAGCUGCCCGUGUCCAAUCUUUAGCUGAGCCGAAGCAACCAGCUCCUACUAAUUUGCCUCAUCACCAAAGAUGACUGACUCUUAUGUUGCUGUUUCUGCUGCUGCUGCUGCUGUUGUUGUUGUUUCUUUAUCUUUUUGUAUAUUAUGAGAAACACUCAGAACACCAUGUAGGCGCUUUGCCCAUAUAUGUUCAUCAUCUCU